AUGGCCAAUCCUCAAACCACCCGUGUAGCCGUGGUUGGUGCUGGGAUUAGCGGUGUUCUGGCCGCUGGGCAUCUCCUUGCGACAGGUCUUGAAGUGACUGUUUUCGAACGCAAUGCGGCUCCCGGCGGAGUCUGGUUAUACGAUGAACAAACACCGAUCGAGCCAUCGUAUCCGGCCAUGAAGCCGUCAAAAGCCGACCCGUCAGCGACAAAUGGACAGGAAACAAGCAAAUUUAUGCUAGAACAUGCCCCGCCUGGGCCGUGCUAUUAUAACCUCCAGAACAAUGUCCCAACGCCACUACUGGAGGUGUCGCUUAAGCCAUGGCCAGACGGAACGCCAGAUACUGUGAGACAUGAUGUAAUCCAACGGUUUAUUCAGGAUAUGUCGAUUGAGGCCAAGGUACAUGAUGUUACGCGAUAUGGAGCGCGAGUAAAAAAGGUUGUGAAGGAUGGUGCAGAAUGGAAGAUUACCUGGUCUACUCCGCAGGUGGGCAUGCAAUCUGAGACCUCAGAGUUCGAGCAAGUAUCUCGCUUUGAUGUGGUGGUAGUGGCGUCUGGGCACUACCAUGCGCCCCGUGUUCCAGAUAUUCCGGGUUUAUCAGACACGAAGAGAAAGUAUGGGUCUCGAAUCCUGCAUUCCAAGGAGUAUCGACGGCCGGAAAGCUUCAGGAACAAGAACAUUCUUAUGAUCGGUGGAGGAGUCUCGUCGAUCGACAUCGCCAACGAUAUCAGUCCAUUCGCCAACACCAUUUACCAGAGCACGAGGAACAGUAAAUUCGAUCUCGUGGAGAGUAUGCUCCCCAAGAACGGGGUCCGAGUCCACGAAAUAUCUCAUUUCGAAAUCCAGAACCACAGCGACGACGCAUUAUCAGAACACGAGCCACUACCGUUGACAAUCCAUUUCGAGUCUGGCGAGUGUCUCCACGGGAUUCAUUUAAUCAUGCUCUGUACGGGCUAUCAUAUCACAUUUCCCUAUCUAGAGGAUUACCACAGUGAUGAGACAACACUGCAAGACGCGGACGAAAACAUUCUCAUAACGGACGGCACGCAGGUGCAUAACCUAUACCAGGAUAUAUUCUACAUUCCCGACCCCACGCUUGUCUUCGUAGGACUGCCUUACUACACCUUCACAUUUUCAAUCUUCGACUUCCAGGCCAUUGUUGUUGCCCAGGUACUCUCCGGUACCGUCCAGCUACCAACUAAGACUGAAAUGAGAUCGGAAUACAACGCCAAGGUGGAACGAGUCGGUCUAGGAAAGGUGUUUCAUUCGAUUCUGGGGACGGAGGAAAACUACGUGCAUGAUUUGUUGACGUGGGUGAAUACUAGUAGGGCCGCGCAGGAGCUUGUCGCGAUUAAAGGGUUUAGCUCGAGCUGGUACGAGGCAAAGGAGGCACUGAGACAGAAAUACAGAGCCCAGGUUAACAAGUAG